AUGAUGCACUGGGGCAGGAAUCGGCAGUGCGAUUCAUUGCUUUGCUCACAAGUACUGGCAGCGUUAGUCUGCAAGCAGUGAGUCUGGCUGGGACCUGGACCAGUGCUGUGCAGACAGGAGAUGCUGCUGGCGAUUGUGGCACUUCGCAGCAGCCUUGGCCCUUAGCAGAAGGGUUCCACUGGAUGAGAUCCUACAUGGCCAAAGCAGCCCAAGUCCUGCUGUGCGCCAGUAUCACCUUGAGGAGUGGAGCCUGCUCCUGCUGAGAAUACUGUGCAGCAGCACGGGCGCAGUUAAUGAUUGAUAACGCUGCUGCCUCGGCUCCGUGCUGCUGCCCAGCUGGAAGCAGCAUGCUGCUGCUGGCGCUCCUGGUGCUGGGGCUGCCAGGUCCUGCUGCGUGCCCCAGGACUGAGCCCCUGAGCGGCACCAGCGAUGAGCCCCUGUUCCGCGGUGCUGACCGCUACGACUUUGCCAUCGUCGUCCAUGCUGGCACCACUGAGUGCUUCUGGCAGUUCGCACACCAGAGUGGCAAUUUCUUCUUCAGCUUUGAGGUGCAGCGGGCGACAGGCAUUGCCAACAGCAGGUACAUCCUGGCCACAGCAAGAGACCCCAAUGGCUUCCAGCUCGGCGCCUCCCAGGACGUGCGAGGACAGAUCAACUUCCUGACCAAGGAGACAGGUUUCUAUCAGCUGUGCUUGGACAAUGGGCAAAAUCACUUUGGCUUUAUGCAGGUGUAUCUCAACUUUGGUGUCUACUAUGAUGGCUUCAACAUGGAAGGGGAGCAGCCAGAAGAAAGGAAACAGCUGAAUGACACAUUGGAUGCCAUUGAGGACAGCAUUCAGAAACUGCAGGUCCAUAUCUUCCACAUGUGGAGGUUCUACAACUUCGCCCGGAUGAGGAAAGGGGCCGACUCCUUCCUCCUUGAGUCCAACUACCACUAUGUCAACUGGUGGUCGAUGGCUCAGAGCUGUGUCAUUGUCCUCUCUGGGGUCCUGCAGCUUUACUUCUUGAAGCGUCUCUUCAACGUGCAGAGCUCUGGGAAGCCGAGGUGCUGACAGCUCCCUGACACAGCACAGCCCAAAGGAGCAGAGCCCCACCUGCAAUCACCUGCUGCAGUAACUGAGGGGCUUGCCCGCACCUCUGCAUCAGCCCCUCUGCUCUCAACAGAGCAGGAGGAGAAAGCCCAGGUCCUGCCCUGGGGAGGAGGUGGUAUAGCUGGAAGCAGAGCUUACUCACCUCCCACCUUUAACUGAAACUAUCUUUAGGAAAAAGAUACAAAAACCUCAA